GUUAACACCCAUUGACAGCCCAAUUCUCUGGCAAUGGAGGAAAGUGCCCAUCUCAAGAUGCCAUCAGAAGACACUGAGUCACCUUGGUCCUGGAUUCCACUGAUGAAGGAUCCUGGCUGGAUCCGAAAUGUCUGGACACGUAACCUGAAUGCACAAACCAUGAAUUACGUUGGGCAGUUAGCAGGCCAAGUCUUUGUGACCGUGAAAGAACUUUAUAAAGGAUUAAAUCCUGCCACAUUGUCUGGGUGCAUAGACAUCAUUGUCGUCCGCCAGCCUGAUGGAAAUCUUCACUGUUCCCCUUUUCAUGUACGCUUUGGAAAGAUGGGAGUUUUGCGUUCAAAGGAAAAAGUGGUUGACAUAGAAAUUAAUGGAGAAUCCGUAGAUUUGCACAUGAAAUUAGGGGACAACGGAGAAGCCUUUUUCGUUGAGGAAACAUCUAAUGACCAGGAUACGAUUCCAUACCACCUGGCUACAUCUCCCAUUCUGUCUGAUGGAGCAGCUCUCAUGGAAUCGCAGUUGAAGAGAAAUUCCAUCGACCGAAUAAGAAACGUGGAUUCAUCCGGCCCCUCCCAAGUAUCAAACUCUGCUUUCCCACCCGCAAUGGAAUCUACUUCUGUAAAGAAAAGAAGGAAGAGGAGGAGGAAAUCCACCCACAGAAUAGACAUUGCAAAAAGAGAUACCAAUGCAGAUACAACAGAAGAUGAAAACAUGUUUCCUAUAGAACUGAGUUCAGAUGAAGAAAAUGAACUACUAGAUAAUGCAAGAACAUCUGUCCCUGACCUGAACAGAGAUGAAUUGCCUGAUAUAAAUUCUUCUUCAAUCAGUGUACUUCCUCAAUACCAUUCAGACGGAGAAUGGUCUCCCACGCAAAGUAAUCCUAUAGCUUGCGCAGGGAAGUCCUCUCGUCUUACUGUUCCAGCAGAGGGAGGGUUAUCUAGUUCUUGUCCUCAGCCGUCUUCUCAGUAUCCUGCUACAGACAGUCGGCAAGGUUCACGGCCUCCUACUCCAAAAAGUGAUUCUGAAUUAGUCAGUAAACCAUUGGAAAGAGGUAUUCAGAAGACUAAUCCUCAAAUGCAUUGGGACUGGGGAGAACUACCUCAAGCCACAAAGUCUGCUGUUCUUCUCAGGCCAAAAGAACCCACCCCUGUGAAUGUGAGUCCUUCUGAAAACACUCACUUUCGAGUGAUUCAGAGCAACGCUUUGGAGGAAUUUUGUAGCGCGUCUCCCUUACCUGUCCUCGGAGUGCGGGAUGCUGUGACUCUGGAAGACACGGAGCUGCAGGUGGCAGCAGCUGAGAGAAAUGAGCCAGAUAUAGACGCUUUAGGGGCCGCUGCACCGCCACUCCCUGCCAACGAAGCAAUAAAGCAGACUCCAACUUGCUCUAUGCAGCCAUUGAGCAAAACGGACUCUCCCUCCAAGAAAAAAGAUAAGCGGAGUCGACAUCUCGGUGCGGAUGGAGUAUAUUUAGAUGACCUCACAGACAUGGAUCCAGAGGUUGCUGCGCUGUAUUUUCCUAAAAAUGGUGAUCCUAUUGCCCACUCCAAGAAUGCAAGUGAAAACGGACCUCGCUCAGCAAACCAGUCCCCUCAAUCAGUCGGAAGUUCAGGAGUAGAUAGUGGAGUGGAGAGCACCUCUGAUGGGAUCCGAGACUUGCCAUCCAUUGCCAUUUCACUCUGCGGGGGCCUUACCGACAACAAAGAAAUUUCUAAAGAAACGUUUUUAGCCCAAGAAGUGUCCUAUCAGCAGUUUGUGGACAAUCCUGCUAUCAUUGAUGACCCCAACCUUGUAGUGAAGAUUGGAACCAAAUACUACAACUGGACGACAGCGGCUCCCCUACUGUUGGCGAUGCAGGCAUUCCAGAAACCGUUGCCAAAGGCCACUGUGGAUUCUAUAAUGAGGGAUAAGAUGCCCAAAAAAGGUGGAAGAUGGUGGUUUUCAUGGCGAGGGAGGAAUAGCUCUAUCAAGGAGGAAACAAAGCCAGUUCCAGGCCUGAGUGGGCAAGAAUCUGUGGAUAUUGAAGACAGAAUCAAAGAUGAGUCCUCCUCAAGCGAUGAAGACCUCAGAGCUGCAAAACAAUCCAUGAGUACGUUAUCCUCAAGCAUCGGUCACCUCUCGCUGUUAACUGGAGUCGGUUACAAAAAGACUCUCCGGCUCACUUCAGAACAGCUGAAAAGUCUAAAUCUUAAGAAUGGUCCCAAUGAUGUGAUUUUUAGUGUCACCACACAAUAUCAAGGAACCUGUCGCUGUGAAGGCACCAUCUACUUGUGGAACUGGGAUGACAAGAUCAUUAUUUCUGACAUUGACGGCACAAUCACUAGGUCAGAUACUUUAGGCCACAUUUUGCCCACGCUUGGCAAAGACUGGACACAUCAAGGCAUUGCCAAAUUGUACCAUAAAGUCAGCCAAAAUGGGUAUAAGUUCCUGUACUGCUCAGCUCGUGCCAUAGGGAUGGCAGAUAUGACCCGAGGAUAUUUACACUGGGUUAAUGAACGGGGAACGGUACUACCUCAAGGCCCUGUGUUACUGAGCCCCAGCAGCUUGUUUUCAGCUUUCCACAGAGAGGUGAUUGAGAAGAAGCCAGAGAAGUUUAAAGUUCAGUGUCUAACGGACAUCAAAAACUUGUUUCAACCCAACUCAGAACCUUUUUAUGCUGCAUUUGGCAACAGACCUGCCGACGUGUAUUCGUACAAACAAGUGGGAGUCUCACUCAACAGAAUAUUCACUGUGAAUCCUAAAGGAGAGCUAAUUCAAGAGCAUGCAAAGACCAACAUUUCAUCGUACGUGAGACUGUGUGAAGUGGUAGAUCAUGUGUUUCCUUUGCUGAAAAGAAGCCAUUCUUCUGACUUCCCAUGUUCGGAUACCUACAGUCAAUUCACCUACUGGAGGGAGCCGUUGCCCCCUUUUGAAAAUCAGGAUAUUCAUUCUAACCCACGAUAACUGCUUCUGGCUUUUCCUGUCGACAGUUUAAAGGAUCAGCUGUUUUAUGCUUAACUGAUACUGCUGGAUUUUGCCACUUAACGGUUCACCUGGAGUUUGG